CUUUCCCGAGAGUUCAUAAAGGCCAAGAGCAGAUACAUCAGAUCUCCAACACGUCGAUAUAUAUAUGUGUGUAUAUAUAUGAUAUAGCCCGAGACAAAACCCUAAUAUCAUUGUCUUUCACCACAGCAAUUAAUAGCCACAAAAGGGAGGCGUCGACCCAUGCUUCUUUUGUGAUAUCUUUUAUGUAUGCCUUUUGGUUUUGUGUAAACCUUUGUAAUAUUGGGUUCAUGCAUGAGGAUGCUUCGUCCAAAACCGCAGGCCGUGGCUCUCUCUCUCUCUCUCUCUCUCUUUGGCUCCUCAACUAAUCGUAUUCAAUGCUCUUCUCCUCAGUUAUACAAAGUAGUACUAGCUGUUUAGCUCUCAGGCUUUGAACCCACCAAUAUCCAAGAAUUUACCCAAAGAUUAAGCCUUUUUUUUUUCAAAUUUGUGGGUUUUUUCUAUCGAAUAUUAAGGCUCCAACCACCUACCAGCCUAGCAGGACCAUUAAUGGUGCUGCAACAUCGCCUUGGUUUGUAGACUGAGCUCUUCACAGAGAGAUAGAGAGAGAGAGAGAGUGAUUUCCAUUGAAGGGAAACAGUCUGUCUUUCAUAAUUGCUCGUCCUCAUUUCCUCUCCUAUAAAUCUUCUCUCUGUGCUUGGAAAUAUUCUGUGCCAAAUUGUCACUCUUUCUUCCAUUUCUUCGUCCUUGUUUAUAUACACAGCUCUUCGGUUUCUCGGCAACUUCUGGAGAGAAACAUCAUCUGGGUCGAUCGUCUCCAUUUUGUGUAAAGCUUUUCACCUUUUUUCUUCAGGUAGGUUUUGCAAUAACGUCAUUUUCUUGAGAAAAGAGACGCAAACAUUCCCGGAAGAGCUCAUUCGUCAUCUUCGGGCCUUGUCUGAAAUGGAUAUAUCCACCGCUCUGAUGAUUCUCUCGGCGAUCACGGCGUACCUGCUGUGGUUCACGUUCAUAUGCCGGUCCCUGAAGGGUCCACGUGUCUGGCCCCUAUUGGGCAGUCUCCCUGGUCUGAUCGAGAACUGCGAGCGCAUGCACGACUGGAUCUCCGAUAACCUCCGCGCGUGCGGCGGCACGUACCAGACAUGCAUCUGCGCCGUACCGUUCUUGGCCAAGAAACAAGGCCUCGUGACCGUCACGUGCGACCCCAAGAACCUGGAGCACAUCCUCAAGACUCGGUUCGACAACUAUCCCAAGGGUCCCACGUGGCAAGCCGUCUUCCACGACCUCCUCGGCCAAGGCAUCUUCAACUCCGACGGUGACACGUGGCUUUUCCAGCGUAAGACCGCGGCGCUCGAGUUUACCACCAGAACUCUCCGGCAAGCCAUGGUUCGCUGGGUUAACCGGGCCAUCAAGCUCCGGUUUUGCCCCAUCCUUGAAACGGCUCUCAUCCAAACCGAGCCGGUGGAUCUUCAGGACUUGCUCCUCCGGCUCACGUUUGACAACAUAUGCGGCCUGACCUUCGGGAAGGACCCGCGGACUUGUUCGCCAGACCUCCCUGUGAACGCGUUUGCGGUUUCGUUCGACCUCGCAACCGAAGCUUCGCUCCAGCGGUUUAUUUUGCCUGAGGUUCUGUGGAAGCUGAGGAAAUGGCUCGGCCUCGGCUUAGAGGUCAGCUUGAGCCGAAGCUUGGUCCAGAUGGAGGAGUACUUGUCUGAGAUCAUCAGUACACGUAAGCAGGAACUGAUGAGUCAGCAGGGGGAUGGGUCCCUCCACGACGACCUCCUCUCCCGCUUCAUCAAGAAGAAGGAAUCCUACUCCGAUGCCACCCUCCAGCGCGUGGCGCUCAACUUCAUCCUCGCCGGCCGCGACACGUCAUCCGUCGCCCUCUGCUGGUUCUUCUGGCUCAUGACGCAGCAUCCGAGGGUCGAGGACAAAAUCCUCCGCGAGAUCUGCGCCGUCGGGGCGGGGGAGCCACUGACGUUCGAGGAGCUCGACCGGUUGGUCUACCUGAAAGCGGCGCUGUCGGAGACGCUGAGACUGUACCCGUCGGUGCCGGAAGAUUCCAAACACGCGGUGAAGGACGACGUCUUGCCCGAUGGGACCUUCAUCCCGGCGGGAUCGUCGAUUACCUACUCGAUCUACUCGGCCGGGAGGAUGAGAUCCACGUGGGGAGAGGAUUGCCUGGAAUUCAAGCCGGAGCGAUGGAUCUCGCCAUCAUCGGACGGUGGGAGAUUCAUCAAUCACGAUCCGUUCAGGUUCGUCGCGUUCAAUGCUGGCCCUCGGAUCUGCCUGGGGAAGGAUUUGGCGUAUCUGCAAAUGAAGUCUAUCGCCGCCACUGUUCUACUCCGCCAUCGCCUCACGGUGGCUAACGGCCACAAGGUGGAGCAGAAGAUGUCGCUGACGCUUUUCAUGAAGAACGGCCUUCGCCACGGCCUCCUCGUUAACGUCCACAAACGGGACCUGACGGCGAUCGUCUCGGAUCUGACGGAGGGGAAACGUAACGGCGUCGUUGACGGUGUUUGUAACGGCGUUACUGGGUAGAGAGGGUAGGUGAAUCUACCUCAAUGCAGUGUCAGGUACUCGCUGGCCCAUGGGCGCGUGAGGAUUGCGCGCGCGUCGAGGGAAGCUUUCCCACUCCUGCCACAUUGCGUUCUGUGAUUGGUUACCUGAAAACAAGGAUAAAGAGGUAAUUUUUGAAAAGUUUGUCUUUUUUAUUUCUCUUUGGUUUGGUCACAUUCCAUUUCAUUAUUUUAUUGUCUUACUUUGUAAGCAAGCUGUUAAAUUGAUUGGAUAAGCUUAUAUAAUUCAUAAAUUCAAUAUAAAUACCGAUUUUGUAAUGAACAUAAUUCGUAUUUUGCCCGUCGUCUGAUUCGAUAUCAUCAAACGAACAAAAAAAGGUCAUGUAUUCGACAACAUAAAUAGGUGUGGGGUGAGUUUGCAUGUGAUCGAUGUUCGUGUAUUUAAUUUGUGUUUGGUCCGAGUUGCUUUUCCUGUGAGCUGGAAAUCAUUAUCGAAAGUGACCAAACUACUGAAAUAAUUUGGAACAUGAGGAAACAGAAAGGAUGAGAUGAGCUUGGAAUUUCUGGAAAUUUUCUUGUUUACAUCGAAUUCCAUUGGAUUGUAGAAGAAACACACACACACACA